AUGUACGUUGCAUCAAAUCGACAGCUGAUAUUAAUAUUAAUACUCCUGAUUUGUUCCAUCGAUGAUUUUGGACAAGCCAGUGCUGAUCGUCGACGACGACAAGCCGCAGGUGAUAAUGAUCGAAAUCUAGCGAGAAAUCCGGAUGGAGUAAUGUCACCGAAGAACAUGCAAUUUAAUCCGGCAAAUAAUUUGAAUAAUCAACAACAAGUGAAUAAUAAUUUGCAAGCAGCAUCUCAAGGACAACAACAGCAACUCAUUCGUGGUCGAGGAUUUUACAGUAGUCCGAAUUUUAAACCACCGGCAUUUUCUGGUGAUAAACCGCUCGGAUGGUUUGACACGAAAUAUCAAUAUUGGGUUUCCAAUCAAGAUGGCCAAUCAGAUAAAAGCAAUGUGAUCGAUGGAAAAAAUGCACCGCCAAGCAGUCUGCAAGGUAUAGGUGGUUUACCUCGUCGAGAAGAUGGCGGUGCCUUUUUUCUUCAGAAGUUAGCGAAGCAAUAUGCCAGCAGAGGUGAAAAAGCAUUUAACAUUGGCCAAUUGAAUGCUCAACAAAGACGUGGAUCUGUGUGUACUAAUUUCCAGAAUUUUAAUGGAUAUACUUUUGGAAAAUUUCCGUGUCCAUUACCGCCUGGUUCAGGUAUGAAUCAACUCGAUCAAUAUUGUUGUGGACAGCCGAAUUUCCAAUAUUGUUGCAAUGCACAAGAAUUUAACCAAGAACGAUCUGGUGGAUACGGGAAUAAUGUGUACAAUGACAGACAACGUCAUGCGAAAACGUUACAUUAUUCGCCGGCAACUAGACGGAAUGUGUCUAUCUUAGUGCCUAUUGCUUCUAUACUUGCUGUUGCAGGAGCAGUGAUUCUCGUCUUUUUGUACUAUAAAAAACUUCGAAAUGAGCAAACUAAUGAUAAGAAAGCACUUGAAAAUUAUUCCGCUGUUCCGCUAGAUGCACCGGUCGAGCGACCUAUUCCUCCACCACGUGAAGAACAAAGAACAACUGUUCAGACUUAA